CUCCCAUUCUCUCGGUUGUGAGUACGUAGAAAAAGUGUUGGUCACCAAAUCACUUGAGGUCAGGCAGCUAGAAAAUGGCAGCCACAAAGCGGCACCUUGUGGCCCUUUUAAGUUUCUUGAUGGUGUUGACGUCGCUGAGUAGAGGAGAGCCUUCUCUGAGUGCCCUUGGGAAAAAACUGGGUACCCCUGCACUCCUACAAAGCGUGGAACAAGCCAAGCAGCUGGUGGAUUACUCAUACGAACGCACCCAGGCCCGCUUGAAGGAGAAGCUGGGGAGAGAGAAUGUCAGCCCGUCGGAUAUCCUGGUAUCCUUCAAGCAACCGGUGGGAAAAACCCGGGCGGCCGUCCGGGCGGCCGAUUACAUGCACGUCACCUUUGCACUUCUGAAGGAGAAGCUUCGCCACGAAGCCUCCAGAGACUUCAACAUCACAGAUGUGCUGAGCCCGGAUCAGAUGCUCACCAUCUACAAGGCGACCGGCUGUAGCCACCAAGAAAAGCAGACCAUACAGUGUGAUGACAAAAGUCCGUACCGGACCAUCACGGGCGAAUGCAAUAACAAGAAAAUUUCAACACUGGGGGCCAGCAACCGGCCCUACGCCCGGUGGCUUUUGCAGGAGUAUGAAGAUGGAGUCUGUCUCCCUCGUGGUUGGACAGGAACAAAGCGGUAUAAUGGAUUUCUCCUGCCCAAUGUCCGCACCGUCUCCAACUCUAUCGUCCGUUUCCCCAAUGAUAAGCUCACAGAGGACAGGUUUCGAUCCGUUAUGUUUAUGCAGUGGGGCCAGUUCAUUGACCAUGACAUGGAUUUUGGGCCCGGUGUGACGGCCACCCUCACCUUCAUGAAGGGUGCGGAUUGUGAGACCACCUGUGCCAAAGACACUCCGUGCUUUCCCAUCGAGAUCCCGCCCAAUGAUCCUGUAAAAACACCGGGCGACUGCAUCCCAUUCACCCGGGCAGCCCCGGCGUGCAAUGGUGGCUAUGCCAUCCGAAACCAGAUCAACGCCCUCACACCCUUCAUCGACGGCAGCAUGGUGUAUGCCAGCGAAGUCAAGUGGGCGCAGCAACUGCGAAACCUGACCAACAAUCUGGGGCUAUUGGCCAUCAACCAGAACUUCACGGAUCGUGGAUGGGCCUACCUCCCCUUUGGCAACCCGGAAGGUUUCCCAGAUUUCUGCCCCAGAACCAAUCCAACUUUGAAUAUCCCCUGUUUUCUUGCUGGGGAUAAUCGGGCCAAUGAAAUGCCGGCUUUGACUGUCCUCCACACGCUUUUCCUGCGGGAGCACAACCGUCUGGCCACUGAGCUGAAGAGGAUGAACCCCCAAAUGUCGGGAGAGGUCCUCUACCAGGAAGCCCGGAAGAUCGUGGGAGCCAUGAUUCAGAAAAUCACGUAUACCGAAUAUUUGCCAGCCGUCCUGGGAGAUUCCAUCUCUAAUGUUGGGCCCAGGGCUUGGAAUCGAUACCGGGGCUACAACGAGUCCGUGGACCCCCGCAUCGCCAGCGUCUUCACCAACGCUUUCCGUUUCGGGCACACUUUGGUGCGGCCCGUUGUGUUCCGUCUAGACAGCCGUUUCCGGAUCCAAAGCGAGACGCCGCUACACAAGGAGUUUUUUGCGUCUUGGAGGAUCAUAAAAGAAGGAGGCAUCGAUCCGAUCCUGCGGGGCUUGAUGGCGAAGCCGGCCAAGCUGAUGAGACAGGACCAGCUGGUUGUGGACGCUAUCCGAGACCGACUUUUUGAACAGGUUUCUAGGAUCGGCUUAGAUUUGCCGUCCCUGAAUAUGCAACGGGGCCGUGAUCACGGCCUGCCAGGUUACAAUGCCUGGAGGCAGUUCUGUGGUCUCUCUCAACCCCGUAAUGAAGCAGAGUUGGCAAAUGUCCUCCAGAAUCCGGGACUGGCCAAGAAAUUCAUUCAGUUGUACAGGACACCCAGCAACAUUGACCUCUGGGUGGGGGGUGUGGCAGAGCCCCCCAUCCGCAAUGGCCGAGUCGGGCCUUUGCUGGCAUGCAUCUUUCGCACCCAGUUCCAAAAACUCCGGGAUGGGGACCGAUUCUGGUGGGAGAAUCCUGGCGUGUUUACCCCUGCACAGCGCCAGGCUCUCGCCCAAGCCACGUUGCCUCGCAUCAUCUGCGACAACACCUACAUCCGGGAGGUGCCGCGGUACAUAUUCCGAGCGAACCAAUAUCCGCGGAACUUCGUCAACUGUAAUGCCAUUCCAAGAGUCAGCCUCUUCCCGUGGAAAGCAAAAUGUAAGUCUUUCCCUGGGAGAGGAGGAAGAGGGAGUCCCAUCACAUGCUCAAAAGAUGAGCCAACGGUUUGAAAGGAUGCAAAACACCCAUCCACUGCUUCACACUCUGAAAUGAAACAACUGCGGUUUAUUUUUGGGUCCAUGCACACACUGUGUGCAAUAGCACUGAUGCUUUUUGCAAGGAAAUGGGGGGCAAAAUUUCUCCCUCUCAAGAAAUUCAUCCUCUUCUUAUCUCUUUCAUCUGCAGAAGGAUGAUAUGGAGGCUUCUGCAGUUGUUUCAGUCCUCUUAAUCCUGGAAUGCAUCCUUUAGUUUGCUGCAACUAAAUGCUUGUGUUCCCUUAGCCCAGAUUUUAAUUUUUAUUUCUGUUUUGCCAGAAUGGAGAGCUGCUGCCUCUCCCUGCUUUCUCCUGCAAACAGAUAUAACUUGCUGCUAUAAGCCGUGUGCCUAUUUGCGUUUCACACCGCAAUGCAGUUAUGGUCUGGAAAGUUAGCUUCUGCAAAUCGGCUGCUGUGGGUGCUCGAAAUAUCACGUCCGUCUUCUUUCUGCUGGCCCGUCCAUUAUCGCCGAACCAAAAAUCAAUCUGGCUAAUAGCACGUGUGAAAACUCUGCUGAUAAGGGAUCUUUUUGGGGCUCUCCCUUAAAGGGUGGGAGAAUUCAUCCUCUCUUGCAGGAUUAGAAUCGUUGGAAUACCCCACCUCCCAUUUUAUCUCUUGAGACAGUGCGGUGUCAUGAGUACAGGGUUGGGCCAGGGAGAGCUGGAUUCGAAUCCUUCCUUGGCCACGAAACUCACUAGACAACUUUGGGGCAGAUGUACUCUCUCCGUUCCACCUGUUCCACCCUAACAGGAGCUGGCAAGGUUCCUGUUUCAAGGAUGCUGAAUCGACUCUGGAGUCUUGUCUGUGGUUUAGAUGCGCUCUCCAUGGUGCUGAAUCUGGAUUAGGGAUAACUGUAAAGAACCCUGUAAAUAUCAGUGUAAAAUCUGGGCUCAACUCCUCAGCCUUCCAUGUUUCACAGGUUAUACUGGAGGUGAAGCGAAAUAUAGCAACAAAUCAUAAAUAUGGCAGAUUUUUCCCCUUUAAAUUGCUGCAGAAUAUGGCGACACACAUGCUUCCCUAAAGCCAGCCAGCUGGCUUGUGUUACUUGGUAAAGAUAUAAAUUUUUGGAAAUAAAUGAAUUGUAUCCACUCA